UAUAAAGACCACCGCUCUCGUCACAAGUUCAUUCUUUUUAAAAGGGGAGCAUCGCAACUGUUACGGUGGCAUUCACUCUUAUUGGUGUGUGUUUAUAACGAUGAAACCAGGAGCUCCAAUUUUGGUCUCAUAAAUCCCAUCAAGGUUUCUAUCUUACAUCGUGACUGUCAAAUGAUUUCUGGAGAUGUUAAGUGCAUCUCUUCAUUAAGUUUUCAUCCAUCUCGUUGAGGAAUCGUAGAAAUUGACAUGCUGAUGAGAGUCAGUGGGGUAUUAGGUGAGAGUUUUCAACAGAAUUAAUGAGAUCGUAAUUUCAACUGCUUAAGUUGUCCGUGUAUGCAUGAAGGUGAUUUUAAAAGGUACAUGUAGAAGCAGAAAAGGAAACAAGACACGCCAUUGUUUUGCAGUGAUAAAAAUCUUGUAGUUGGAAUAAGAAUAUCAUCACGAUGGAGCCUUUACCAAGGACAGUAAUAAUUGUUAGCGUAGUCUUAAUCUGGUGUAGUUUUUCCAUGGUAUAUUCUCGUCCUCUACAUCCCAAGAAACAUACCACAUCGCCUUUUAAGCAUCAUCAGCAUCACUCAAGCGCCCAUAAGAAUGCCAUAAUGCAUCCAAUGAAUCCUACUUCUCUGCGUGAACUAGCCUUUGGUUCUCACAAGGCUGCUAGAGAGAUCCUACCAUUCCCUUUGCCAUCUAUUCAGAAGCAACCAAACCAUCGACAUCAUAAACCAACCUGGGGUGCGUUUAAACCUAUUGCACCAUCGCAGGCUGAUGAUCAGACUGAUGAGGGUGCCUUUGGCCCAGUCGUAGAAGUACCUGCUCUUCAACCAGCUAUACCAGAUGAUGAUGGUUUUGGUCCAUGGGUACCUCAUGGUACCACGAACUCUGAUAAGGAUUUGGGCCCAGAUGGAGUCUUUGGUGGACCUAUCAUACCCACGGGGACAAAAACCGUUGAAGACAGUGGUUUUGGAGCAUGGGGGGCUUUUAAACCUGUACACCAUACUCCAGCAGAAACAGAAUUCGGAGGAAAUAGCAGAACAUCAGGAGGAACUAGCAAAACCAUUCAUAUCAUUCCAGGGCAAGCACCACUUGUCAUUGAGGAGUCCAUUGGACCAGACGGGUUUGGAACCUUUGUAUCCAGCUCUGAUGAUACUGCUGAUGAUACCUCUGACGGUUGGUUUAUGUCUUUUGUUCCUUACCCUCAACCUACACAUGAUCAAGAACCUACAGAAUCAUCAUCUUCAGCGGCCUUCGCAGAUAUGUGGGGAUUAUUUAGGGACAGGAAGAGAGGGUGCGACAAGAGUGUUGAGGGGCGAGCAUGUUCCAGCAACUCCGAAUGUCAAGGUUGCAACAGGACGUUUCAAUGCUCUACCAAUCACAGAUGUCAGAAAGUAUAACAUGCACCCUUCUAAGACCCCCGCGGAGAUCAACCUACACAUAUCUACGUUAAAAUAUAAAAAAAAUAUUAUCCAUACCCCCUUUAUGCCCAUCAGGAGCAAGCUAUCUUUAUAGGCCGAUAAUUGUGACGAAAACAAUGCUUUAACGCAUCACAGUCAUGAAACCAGCUUCAAGUUUUCUUUUUUCUCUCCAACCGUCCACGUUGUGUGGACCAACAUCGCUUUAAAGCCAGCCAAAUUCUGUAAUGAGCCCUGUUCAUGAAAUUUCUAGUUAGUUAGAUCGAAGGUCGGACGAUCGACAAACAACAUCUACCGUAUUGAGUUUUCGUUUGAUUAUUCACGUCCAAUAAAGGUGGUAGAACAAAACUCCACCGAUCAAGGAUCGUAUAACAUUAAGAACUGAUGUAAAAGGCUAUAGGGUACAGCUGACCGAACUAUCAUCAGAAUGUACCGGACUUGGUAGACGAUAGCGACUACAUUAUAAAGUGUCCAAGUCUGAAGCAGAUGUUGUGCAGAGACAGUCUUAGAUUCUUUAAUUUGUAAUGUUAUCACUUUAACAAUAACCAAGUUAUUGAAUUAAGAUUUGCAUUAUUCCGGUGAAACAGUUCUAGGCAUGUCUUUAUGAAUAUUCAUUAGGUGGGCUUAUGAUGUCAUAUCCCCACUUGUUCUUUUGUAUUUCAUUACAUGAAAUUUUCUACAAGGAAUCAAACAAUAGGAUUGAAAAUUGAUUAAAUGCAUUAGUUAUUUAUUGUCGCAACUUAUUUCAUCUCAAUGGAGAUACAUUAUUACACAUGUAUGAAAAUA